ACGUGAUGACGUCACAUUCCCUGACGUAUUCACCAGUGGCAAGAUUACAAAUAGUAAACAACACUUGUAACUCAGUUUGGUGUAAUGUAAUUCUUUAAAAGUGGCCCAGCGGGGACGCUAAAAAAACGAGAGAUGGGAUGGCUCUUCGGGAAUUUCUUCUGUAAAUAUAAAAAUUCAAAUGUUUUUUGGAGAGCACAAUGAAUGCACCCGCCGAAUCUCUCCUCAAAUACGAUCGACCAAUUUUAGUUCCAAAAAGUGCUGAUAAAAAAUCGGCAAAGGGACAACCUGCAAAAGUGCUCAAGUCAAAACCUCAGCAGCAUGCAGACUCUUUGCCAGGUCCUCGUAAAUCCAUAACAGCCACAUUUGAUGACAUCAGGCAGAAAAAUGAGGACAUUCUCAACUUCAUGUUUCCACCCAGGAGAUGGGAGGAAGCGAACAGAGAGUGGGUGCAGAGAGUGUGUAAUGAACCAUCCACUCGAGUGGAUGUGGUGAACCUAGAGGAAGAACUAGACAAAAAGCUGCUGCAAAUGCGUGCCAUGGAGACUGGAAUCUGCCCCCUGAGAAGGCAGUUAUACACCGAGUGCUUUGAUGAGCUGAUCAGACAAGUGGUCCUCAUUUGUGCUUCGAGGGGUCUCUUGUUGCUGCGGAUAAGAGACGAGAUCCAGAUGACCAUUGCUGCCUAUCAGACGUUCUACGAGAGUAGUAUGGUUUUUGGCAUGAGAAAAGCUCUGCAUGAUGAACAGGAUAAGGUGGCCCUGAAGAACAGAAUUUCUGAUUUGGAAAAUUUAAAAGAGGAGCUGAAAGAGCAAUUGGAUCACCAAAGAAAGAAAUGUGUGGAAGUGGAAAAAAUGGCAGCUGAAAAACAGCAGGCGCAGGAAAAGAAGCACACGGAGGAGAUUCAGACCCUGAGGAAAAACAACCAGCAGCUCAAGAUCCAACUGGAGGGUUUCUUCACAACAAAGAAGUAACUUCACCGACAUGGAUUGAAUUGUACCAGCGCAAUGCUGAACAUCACUAAAUUUCUGUUUUGAGGGUGUUGCACUUGUGAAGUUACGUAGCUCUAAAGUUAAAAAGGUGAAAGUUAAUUAUCAACGUAAGAUGACGACGACUGACCUGAUGAGUUUAUCACAGCUUUCCACCUUUACAAUACUUUUUAAGGUGUUGCAGUACAUGAGUUUUGCAUUAGCAUUAUUCGUGCACCUGUAUAGAGACAAUGUGGCCACCUUUUAAAAAUGAGCAAUGACAGAAUUUACAGUCCCCUCCAAAAGUAUUUGAACGGCAAGGUCAAUUCCUUUGUUUUUGUUGUAAACUGAAGACAUAUGCGUUUCAGAUCAAAACAUGAAUAUGAGACAAAAUUUCAGAAUUCCAGCUUUUAUUUAAUAUUUACAUCUCGAUGUGUUCAACAACUCUGGACAGAGGACCUUUUGUUUGAAGCCACCCACUUUGCAAGUGAGCAAAUGUAUUGAAAUUAACUUAAAGUGAAUAAAUUAAUAUUUGGUGGUAUAACCCUUACUUGCAAUAAUUGAAUCAAGCCUGCGACCCCUUGACUUCACCAGACUGUUGCAUUCUUUAUUUAAAAUGCUUUUCCAUGCCUUAACUGCAGCCUCUUUCUGUUCUUGUUUGUUUCUGGGGCGGUUCUCCCUUCAGUCUCCUCUUCAGGAGGUAAAAAGCAUGCUCUAUUGGGUUAAGGUCUGGUGAUUGACUUGGCCAGUCUAAAGCCUUCCACUUUUCUCUCGAAGUCUUCUUCGAACACUGGAUUGUGAUACCUUCACCCCUGCCCUGUGGAGGUUGGCAGUGAUGUCACUUACUGUUGUCUGUGGGUGCUUCUUCACAGCUCUCACAGCUGUCAUCAACUGCUGUUGAUACCCUUGGCUAACCUGUUCGAUGUCUGUUGCUCAGUACACCAGUAGUUUCUUUCUUUUUCAGGACAUUCCAUAUUGUUGUAUUGGCUAUGACCAAUGUUUGUGCAACAGCUCUGAUCGAUUUUCCCUCUUCUCUCGGCUUCAAAAUAGUCUGCGUUUCUCCCGUAGACAGCUGUCUGGUUUUCAUGUUUGCUUAACAGCAAAUGCAGUUUUCACAGGUGAAACCGAAAGCCAAAAACAAGCAUCAAUCUAAAAGGCAACACCUGAGCAACUACAAACACCCAGUUCCAAUACUUUUGCUCACUUGAAAAGUGGGUGGCUUCAAACAAAAGGUGCUCUGUCCUGAGUUGUUUAACACAUCUGGAUGUAAAUACCAUGAAAUAAAAGAUGAAAUUAUGAACCUUUGUCUCAUAUUCAUCUUUUAAUCUGAAACCCAAAUCUCUACAAUAUACAGCAAAAACAAAGGAAUUGACUUUGCCGUUCCAAUACUUUUGGAGGGGACUGUAUGAGCGUAGAUUCAAAACCACUUUUACAAGAAACGAAUACUGUGAUAAUAGUAAUCGAUGAAUCUGACCAACAUAUGUUGCUCCUCAUUUACACAUACAGUUGAAACCAGAAGUUUACAUACAUAUAUAAAAGUACAUAGUAUUGAUUUGUUUGUCUGACAUCAAAUCAGACUAAACUUUUCCUGUUUUAGGUCAAUUAGGAUUACCAAAAUUACUGUUACUACUGUUAAUACUUCUAUUUGCUAAAUGCAGAAUAAUGGGGAUUUAUUUUUUUAAGAUACAUUUUCAUUACUUUUUUUCAGUCAGAAGCAUAUAUAUCAGUGAGAAGUGUAUUUUUAUAAUGUAUGUAAACAUCUGAUUUUAACCUUUUAACAAUCCAAGCAACGUUUACCUCGUCUGAAUGAUUCUUAUUUGCAUCUUUCCCUCAGACUCAUGUUCUCUUUUGAUGAUGACUUUGCGACACACAUUUUUUUGUGACUAAAACUACGUAAUUGGAUACAGAGCCUUAUUCAGCAGUUGUAGCUGUCACUUUGAUGCUGUCUUUUCCAGUAACAAUGAGUAACAGUAACAAUGAGUAACGAGUAAAUAUUACCAUAAAUCAAUCUUCUUGUGUUAUUCACAAACAUUGAUUUUAUACAUACUCUAUAUUCAAAUGGAAGUUUCCAGAUUUCCUUUGCUACAAUUUAUGUUCAUUUUAAAACGUUUUACUAAACAUUUAGCUCAAACAUGUCCUGGAAUCUUUUUGCGUCACCUAUUCUGUGUGAGCUCUACCUUGUACAUAUUUUAAAACAUGUUUUUACACCUACAUUUCCCUUUGUUAAUGAACUGACUUCCAUCAUUUUUAUUGUGUCAAAGGUGACCUUCACUGUGCACAAUUGUACCUAUACAAA